GACUUCCACUGAACAGAGCUGAUAAAGGGACUCAGCCAAGUCUGGAGGUUCAAACCAGAGGCGGCUGCAACUAGACCAGGACUUCUUCUCCUCAUCUGGUUUCAGUAACCUGAACAAAUGGCCAUGCAACAGUGGUUUCAAACUCGGUCUGUAGAGCAGCAGCUGGAGCUGAAGGAGCUGGCCCAGGCUGUGAUUGGUCCACUGAAGAGGGGACUCUGUUCCUUCAACAACGUCUCACAGAUGCUCCUCAGUAUAGACGCAGACAUCGUCCUUCCUGGAUGUCCGACCUUUCGCGAUGUCAGAUCAGAGAUUGUGAACAUGAAGCAGCAGAUGGAGGAGUCAGAGCAGGUGGCCACAAACAAGCUUCACUGUCUGGAUGAGGAGACUGAGCGUCUCACUGCAGAGCAGAGUCUGUUAGCAGAGCAGAAAAAACAGAGAGAGUCUGAGUUAAAGAACCUGAAAACACAGCUGGAGUCUUACAGAUCCUCUCUGAAGAGUUACACUGAAGCUCUGGAGACAGAGAGGAGAAACCUGAGGUCAGCAGAAGACACCCUGGACGGCCUGAGAAAGAGAAGGGAUAAUGCUGAGACAGUGAGGAACGUUGGGAUUGGUGUCAGCUUUAUCCCGAUUGUGGGAUGGGUUGUUGGACCAGCUAUGAUUGUUGGUGGUGCUAUCGAAAUGAGUGAGGUCUCUGAUGCUGUAGACAGAGCUAAGAAGGAAGUGGAGAACUGUGAAUCUCAGGUGAGCUCAUACUCUGACAAAGUGUCUAAGUACAGAUCCUCCAUCCAUCGAGCUGAGCGUAACAUCCAAGAAGCUGACAGGAAGAUCUACAAGGCCAAGGCCAAACAGCAGGCUCUGACUGUGAAGAGGGAGGUUGUUGCUGAUGUUCAGGCUAAAAUGAGACGAGCCAUCCGUCAGCUGGGGCUGCUGUGUGGGGUGGGGAAUGCAGCAGAGCUGCAGACCCGACACCAGAUACUGCUGGAGGCUGUGGUGAAGGUGAUGGAGGAGGUGACAACAGCACUGGGUCACAUCACUGGAGAGGAUCUGCUGCACACAGAAGGUAUAAAGAAGCUGAUGUUGGACUUGAAGACGAACCAGAACAAACUGAAACAACUUCCUGACACCAAGAAGAGUUCAGAUGACGAUUUCUACUCAUCUAUCUUUGCUUUAGUUUGUUGUUUGUUUUGUUGUUAUUGCUUAAUAGAAAUUUUUACUUUUCAUUUCUUUCGGUUCUUUCUAUUGUUUGUUGUUAGUUUGGUUCUUUAUAUGUUCUUGGUCAAAUGACAAAUGAGUUAAUAUGCCAGCCCUCAAAUGUUAUAGAGUUUAAGAUAACAUUUCUAAGUUCUGCUCAAAGUCUAAAGUCAUAUCUCUUAUUACUAUUAUCACAAGGAAACGUGGUUCCAUGCAGACUGUUUUAAAGUCAGAUCUCAUGCCAUGAUUAUGAAAACAUGGAAGGAACCAACCGAGCUCUGGCAGGUGUAACUGUCAUAUUGAUAUCGUCAUUAUUGUAGAAACACCACAUCUGAUGCAACUGAUAAUGUGACUGAGUGGGAGGAUCAACAAUUGUGUCUUAAAUCUUUAGGGAGUGACACUGGACUGAUCUGGGGACAGAGGCAGUUGUGGAGCUGAUGGGAAAACAAUAAAGACAGCCAGGUCACUGAGACCUGGUGCUAAUCAGAGGGAAGACUAAACCUGCAAAACAGGAUAAAUACUGACUUCCAAUAUAUAUUAUCAAGGACAAGCUAUUGGUUAUGGAUACCCAGAACCACAAGACUGUGUCUGUAAACCCCAAAGAGAUCCCUCCAGGAGUCUUCACCACCACUGCUCAGGGUAGGGUUAGGGUUAGGGUAUUAAAUACUGAGACAUCGUUUUUAAACAGAUCCUCUCAAGACGACUAGGUUUGCUUGUUCUCUUUGUUGGUGUAAAUAAACCUAAAUGGAUUGAAUGAC